UCUUUACACUAGAUCUAUAAAAUGGAGCUACAGACCACGGUUGUCGUCAUCUUAGUUUUCAUAAGUUUGACUAGUGCAGAAAUAAAAUUACCACCAGAUUUUAUGGUAAUUGGUGGCCCUUUAACAAAUACUCUGGUGAAUACUUUGGCGAAAGAUGAAGACGAGCACCAGAUAAUUGACAUCGAUGUGGAAGGCACAGACUCUAUUUGCCUGGACCCUCUGCCAAGCUACGUGAAAGAUCACUUUAAAACUCAACAUCGAAAAGGACUUUCCCAUUACAAAGUAAUGCUUCCUUGGGCUGGUAUUCUGUCCGAAGACAUUGAUAAGAAGGUGGAUCAUAAGCAAGUGAAGUGCUAUUCAAAUUUCCUAAAUGAAUUAAUAAUUGCAAAUCUCAAGCCUAUAAUGGUUCUGAACGUCAGCAACAUCCCUCAACAUCUGACCACAAAGUAUGGCAACUGGGAGAAUGAAGCACUUAUUGAAUCCUUUGCAAACUAUGCACGAUUUGCUUUCGUAACAUUUGGAGAAAAAGUUAAAACCUGGAUAACAUUCAAUGAUCCUUCAAAGAUAAUAUACCAACACAAAAAACUAAACACAGAAUCUUCAGCAAUCAGGAAUAUAAUGCUUGCCCAUAAAAAGGCGUACAAAAUUUAUCACAAUGAAGUGGCGCCUAUAGGAGGAAGAUUGUCUCUUGUUUUGAAUAUUAAUGAUGUGAUUUCUACAGGCGUUAUAUUCCAGCAAGUUAUCAAAACAGGAAUGGCAGACUUGAUUGCUCUCACGGUACCAUAUGAUUGUGAACCAAAUCAGAAGAUGGACCCCUCAGGAAGUGAAAUUUCAAAAGCAAAAAAUGAUUUUUUACUGGAAAAUCUGAUGAAAAUAAAGAACAUCAACAAUGUUUUACCGAUUGUUAUCUAUAACAUAGAUUUUUCACAAUGCAGUGCUUCAAGCAACACAAUGCAUUACAGAACGGCAUUAAAUGAAAUUGUUAAAGCUGUGACUGUGAAUAAGGUUUCCAUUGUUGGCUGUGAUGCCAGUCAUUUUCUGGAUAGUUUAUCUCCAUAUUGUCAAACAAACAAUUCAGACACAGAAAGUACCUCUUCUCUAUUGGAUGGUGGAAAUAAACUUGAGAUCAUAGAGCAUUCUAGUAAAGUCCAACUUGCCACAGCAAAUGCUCUGACAUCUUAUCAAACCAUAUGGAAGAAGUUUUCUAAUCAAUCAUCAGAAGAGAGAGACUCCUUUCUACAUGGCACUUUCCCCAGUGGCUUUCUCUGGGGCACAGCUACCGCCUCAUUUAAAAUUGAAGGAGGCUGGGUGGAACAGGGGAAAGGAGAAAGUAUAUGGGACAGGUUUGUUCAUCAGGGAAAGAUAGAGAAAAACCAGACUGCAGAUGUUGCCUGUGAUAGCUUCCAUAAGAUUGAUUAUGAUGUUUAUUUGAUGAGAGGUUUACGAUCAAACUCUUAUAAGUUCUCUUUGUCGUGGCCGAGAAUUUUUCCAACUGGCUAUCGUGCUAAGCUGAACCAAGAGGGAGUGGACUAUUACAAUAAACUGAUUGACACUUUACUGGAGUCCAACAUUCAACCAAUUGUGACGCUAUAUCACUGGGAUCUUCCCCAGUCUUUGCAAGAUAUAGGUGGAUGGCAGAAUGAAAGUAUAAUAGAUAUUUUUGCUGACUAUGCAGAUUUUUGUUUUGCUGCAUUUGGUGACCGUGUGAAAUACUGGAUCACAUUUAAUGAGCCCUGGGUUAUUAGUUACGCUGGGUACGGCACAGGGCAGCAUGCACCAGGAAUCAGUGAUGUAAAUACUGCAGUCUACAAGGUUGGCCAUACCAUAAUCAAGGCCCAUGCCAAAGCUUGGCACAAAUAUGACAGAAACUACCGUUCUCAGCAACGUGGUCAAUUAGGAAUAGCAUUAAACUCAGACUGGGCUGAACCUUCCUCUCAAAAUGCAGAUGUUUCAAUAGCUGAUCGCUACCUGCAGUUUAUGCUGGGCUGGUUUGCACAUCCUAUCUUCGUUAGUGGUGAUUAUCCGGCAGCCUUAAAAAGACAGAUAGAAAAAUAUAAUCAGGAAUGCUCGGCUACUCCCAUCCAGCUGCCUACAUUUACAGAAGAGGAGAAAAAAUACAUAAAGGGAACUUCGGAUUUCUUUGGUCUUAGUCACUAUACGUCUCGACUAAUCAAUUCUACUGCAAAUAAGGCAUGUGGUUUAAGCUACAACCGUAUUGGGGACUUUUCCCCGCAAGUGCACCCAUCGUGGCCCUCAACUGCAUCUCCGUGGAUAUAUAUUGUCCCAUGGGGACUGCGAAGGCUGCUAAAUUUUGUUGCACUUGAAUAUACAGGUACCAACAUUCCAAUUUACAUAACAGGACAUGGAGUGCCAACUAACAGCACUGACUCUAUAAAUGAUACCUUAAGGACAGAGACAUCUACUGCCUAUAUUAAUGAGGCAUUGAAGGCUUCCAGUGUGGAUGGGAUUGAUGUAAGAGCAUUCACAAUAUGGUCACUAAUGGACAACUUUGAAGGUCCACAAGGAUACAGUCAUAGAUUUGGACUUCAUUAUGUUAACUUUGAAGAUUCUAACAGACCUAGAACUCCGAAGGAAUCUGCAUAUUCUUACACAAAGAUCAUUGAGAAUAAUGGCUUUGUUAAUAGUUCUUCAAAAAAAGUAACUCAGAGCCUCACUGCCAACAAUAUUAAAAGACUGACAAAUUUGGCAGCAUCAGAAGUGCCUUCAAAGGCUAAGAUCGUGUGGGAAAAGUUCUCAAAUCAGGAUGAAAUGGAAAGAGACAACUUUUUAUACGGCACGUUCCCGGAAGGGUUUGGAUGGAGUGUAUCCACUUCAGCUUACCAAAUCGAAGGAGGGUGGAAUGCCGAUGGGAAAGGACCUAGUAUCUGGGACAAUUUCACCCAUAAUCCUAACAUCCAGAAUGGUGAUAUUUCUUGUGACAGUUACAACAAAAUUGAUGAAGAUCUUUAUAUGCUUCGAGCAUUGAGAGUUAAAAACUACCGCUUUUCUAUCUCAUGGUCUCGGAUUUUCCCCAGUGGGGAACUUGAGUCCUUGAAUCCUUUGGGAGUUAACUAUUACAAUAAACUAAUUGACAGUCUUCUUGCAAGCAACAUAACACCAGUGGUGACACUUUACCACUGGGAUCUGCCUCAAACACUUCAAGAUAUUGGAGGCUGGGAGAAUGACAAACUGAUUGACUUGUUUAAUGCAUAUGCUGAUUACUGUUUCAGAACUUUCGGAGAUAGAGUUAAGUUCUGGAUAACACUUAGUGAACCUUCUGUAUUUAGUUGGGAAGGAUAUGGCACAGGUGUCUUCCCUCCAUCCUUAAAAGAGCCCAGUGAUGCUCCAUACAGAGUGGCGCACAUAUUGUUGAAAUCUCAUGCCAAAGUGUUUCACACCUAUGAUGACAAGUACAGAAGCAUGCAGAAUGGCUUAAUUUCUAUAAGUCUUAAUGCAGAUUGGGUGGAACCGAAGGUGCUGAAUGAACUCAGAGAUGUGGCUGCAGCAGAUCGCUACCUGCAGUUUACACUGGGAUGGUUUGCACAUCCCAUUUUUAAAAAUGGUGAUUAUCCUGAAGCCAUGAAAUGGCAGGUUGGAAACAAGAGUGAACUACAACGUUUAUCAUCUUCAAGACUUCCUCAAUUUACAGAAAAGGAAAAAUCUUAUAUCCGUGGCUCCGCAGAUGUCUUUUGUCUCAAUAUGCACACAACAAAAAUUAUCAGUCACGAGAUCAACAAAAUUAAAACUCUUUCUUAUGAAUAUGACAGGGACACAGCCGAAGAGUUUGACCCAAGUUGGCCAACUUCGGCUGCCAAGAAUGCUAGGGCUGUAGCUUGGGGUCUAAGGAGACUGCUCAACUGGAUUAAAGAAGAAUAUAAUAACCCACCAGUUUACAUAACAGAAAAUGGAGUAGCCACUAAACCUUCCGCUGGCGUGGAUGACACGGACAGAAUAUUCUACUACAAAACAUACAUCAACGAAGCACUGAAAGCUUACAAAUUGGACCACGUUAAUCUUAAAGGUUAUGGUGUGAGGUCCCUCAUGGAUAGCUUUGAAUGGAUCAAUGGAUAUAAAAUACAAUAUGGACUGCAUCAUGUAAACUUCAAAGACCUUAACAGGCAAAGAACUCCUAAGCGAUCAGCACACUAUUACGCAGAAAUAAUUCGUGACAAUGGUUUCCCACAACACAAAGAUGAUGAAUUCCUCUAUGGUGAAUUUCCAAAGAACUUUGCGUGGAGUGCUGCUACUGCUGCCUAUCAGGUUGAAGGAGCUUGGAGAGCUGAUGGCAAAGGACUAAGCAUAUGGGACACGUUUUCACAUACUCCCUUUAAAAUCGGCAACAGUGAUACAGGGGAUAUUGCAUGUGACAGCUAUCACAAGAUUGAAGAAGACUUGGCCAUUCUUAAAGAACUGAAAGUUAGCCAUUACCGUUUCUCCCUAUCAUGGGCUCGUAUUCUCCCAGAUGGUACCACACGUUUUGUUAAUGAGGUUGGAUUAAACUACUAUAUAAAGUUAAUUGAUGCCCUCCUGAAAGCUAACAUUAAGCCUCAGGUUACACUUUAUCACUGGGAUUUGCCCCAGACACUGCAAGAUGUUGGUGGCUGGGAAAAUAGCAGCACAAUUGAUCGAUUUGUCGAAUAUGCUAAUUUCUGUUUUCAAAGAUUAGGCGAUAAAGUGAAGUUUUGGAUAACAUUAAAUGAGCCAUACAAUACAGCCCUUCUUGGAUAUGGCUAUGGUACUGCUGCACCAGGUAUUGGCACAAGACUGGGAACAGCUCCUUAUGUUGUUGCUCACAAUCUAAUCAAAGCUCACGCUGAAGUUUGGCAUUUGUACAACGACACUUACAGAUCACAGCAGCAAGGUCUGAUUUCCAUAACAAUAAACUCUGACUGGGUUGAACCAAGAAAUCCGUACAAACAAGAAGAUGUGCAUGCAGCAAAUAGACAUCUGAUGUUUUAUGGUGGUUGGUUUGCACAUCCAAUCUUUAAAGAUGGUGACUACAAUGAGAUAAUGAAAACUCGUGUGAGGGAGAAGAGCUUGGCUCAAGGAUUGUCCAAGUCUCGGCUCCCAGAAUUUUCAGAAUCUGAAAAAAGAAGAAUUAAAGGAACCUACGAUUAUAUGGGAUUUAAUCACUACACCACCGUGUUGGCUUUCAAUGCCAAUCUUGGAAAUCUUAUCCCACUGUAUGAUGCUGACAGGGGAACUGGGACAACCGUAGACCGCAGCUGGCUUAGCUCUGGGUCUUUUUGGCUGAAAGUAACCCCGUGGGGCUAUCGGAAAAUUCUUAACUGGAUCAAAAAAGAGUUCAACAAUCCUCCAAUUUACCUAACAGAAAAUGGCGUUUCAGAGCAUGGAUAUCAAGGUCUCAAUGAUACCUGGAGGAUCAAUUAUUAUCGGGGUUACAUUAAUGAAGUUUUAAAAGCUAUCAAACUUGAUGGAGUUGAUAUCCGUGGCUACACAGCAUGGUCGCUGAUGGACAACUUUGAAUGGGCUAUGGGAUAUGCUGACAGAUUUGGAUUAUUCUAUGUAAAUCACACAGACCCUUCUUUGCCUCGCAUUCCCAAAGCUUCAACCAAGUUUUAUUCUACAAUUAUUCGCUGCAAUGGCUUCCCUGAUCCUGCUUUAGGGUCACACAAGUGCCUGCAGUCAGAAGAACCUCCAACAGUGAAAACCACAUCAAUAAGCUUGACAACAAAUACCGAUGAAGGGCAAGUUUAUUUCCUGGGACUGGAAAUCACUGGUGUGGACGCAGCAAGUGCUCUGUAUGCUUUGCUUGUUGUUUCAAUAAUUGCUGUUGUUUUAUUGGUUAUCUUUGCAUAUAAAAUUCAGAAAACGAGAAAAGCAAGAAGACAACUGGAAUCAAUCUCAGACAUAAUUUCAUUAUCAAAAAAUCAAAACACUAAGAUUUGAAGUAAUCUUGAUGAAGGAUUUCCAUGGGGAUUCCCCAUUUCACACCAUAAUUUCAGCAUUAAAAUACCAUUAAGAUUAUGCAUGAUUUAUUCUUAUAUGUUAUUAAUCAUACAUGCAAAAUAAAACUCAAUGAUUUUGUUUAGCUUUAUAUUUUAGUAAAUGAAGGCUCGGGCAGAAUGGUGGUUUAAGCUGUUUCUUUACCAAUUCCAUUGAAAGGCCACGAGACUGAGGGAAAAUACAUACAGGAAUUUAAAUGGACGAGCUUCAUCAUUGAUCUUUAAGUUAUUGAUCUUUUAUUUUCAUUUUAAACACAGCAGAUAAUACAGGAUUGUCAACUUUCCAGCAUUAUCCUGAUAUCCACAGUAAUUAAAGUUGAUCCCUUCAAUGCCUUGAACACCUAGCAGAAACUUUAUCCCACCCUCAUUUUCUUUGAGUCCUUUUAUUAGUAAUAAACACAUAAGAUAUAGAAAAAGAUUACAUCCAGUAAAACAGCAUCCAACUGAGUAAUGGAAAUCUAUUUGCUUCGCAUAUCAUGUCAACAAGGUUACUCAUAUUUUAACAGGAAUGAGUCAUACAGCACAGGAACAGGCUCUUCAGUCCAACUAGUCCAUGCUGGCCAGUGUUUCCAUCUGAGCUUAAACCAUUUGCCCAUACCCCUCUAAACUUUCCAAUCCACAUACCUGUCCAAGUACUUUUUAAAUGCUGUUAACAUGCUUAACACCUCCUCAGGCAGCUAAUGCCAUAUACUGACCCCUCCCUAGUUGAAAAAGUUGCCCCUUGUUAGGGAGUAUCCUGAAGUUACGUGCAUAUGGUAGAUAUUAAUUCAAACAAGAACUGGUCCUCAGUUCUGAAUGCACAUUGUAAAUUGCAAGCAGUAAAUUGAACUUAAAAGCACAUCUUUGAAAACAAACAAUAUUGUCUGUAAGAGAUUUUGUUUUGCAAAAUGGUGACCAUGAGAUAUUUGCAUAUGCAUCAGGCAAAUGUUAAGACAAUGGGGCUGUGUUAAUUGGCCUACAUCAAUCCACGCAGCUAUGGGUUUCGUCUGUCCCUCUGUCAUCAGAAGUUUUUAGAAUAUCUUUGCUAAUAAUUUUUCCCAACAAAGGCAUUUGAACCUUCAGAGUUGCCUUGUCAAUUACAUGCUUCCAUCGUAUGUACGUACCUCAAAGAAGCCAUCUGUCAAUCCGAAGUAUUGAAGUAAACAAUGUCAUGGUAACUAUUGAAAUUGUAUUGAAUCACCUGCUGUUAACUUCAAUCUUAAGGGUAUAAAAUGUGAUGUAUUUUUUUGGAUAUGUGAGCCUCAACUGGGUGUGUCUCAGUGAGAACGCCUGCUUUUUGCAAUCAAUAAAGAGUUCUAUAUC